GAAGCUAAAAUAAUGAGUUGAUUUGGGGAAAUCCUAAAGUUAAAGAAUUAACUCUUUGGGGUGAAGUAGCGCCAUUCCUGGGAACACUGGCUGCUUCUCUGGACUGCUAGCCGCAAGUUGAACAUACCUAGUUCUGGGCGGCGGAACUCGCCAAGACCCCGCGGAAACACUUGCGCAUGCGCCUCAGCGUUCCGCUGCUGUUUAUCCGUUUCCAUGGCUACGAAGCCCAUCAAAGUAGGAGGGUAAGAAAAUGAAGCUCAAGAGCCUCUUGCUUCGGUAUUACCCACCAGGAAUUAUGCUGGAAUAUGAAAAAGGUGGAGAAUUAAAGACCAAAUCCAUAGAUUUGCUUGAGCUCAGUCCUAGUACUGACGUCAACACUCUAGUAGGAGAAAUCCAGAAAGCAGAGCCUCUGAUCACAGAGUCUCGGACAGAGCAAGUCAGACUCCUCGUGCAGCGACUGCAGGAGAAACUCAGGCAGCACUGCGACCACAGUUUCUACCUGUUUAAGGUUCUCAGAGCACACAUCCUGCCGUUGACCAAUGUGGCGCUCAACAAAGCAGGAUCGUGCUUCAUCACAGGAAGCUAUGAUCGGACGUGCAAGGUGUGGGACACCGCAUCCGGAGAGGAGCUUCACACCCUGGAGGGCCACAGGAACGUGGUUUACGCCAUAGCCUUCAACAAUCCUUACGGGGACAAAAUUGCCACUGGGUCCUUCGACAAGACCUGUAAACUCUGGAGUGCAGAGUCGGGAAAGUGUUACCAUACCUUCCGGGGCCACACGGCAGAGAUUGUGUGUCUGUCAUUCAACCCUCAAAGUACAGUGGUUGCUACCGGAAGUAUGGAUACAACAGCCAAACUCUGGGACAUUCAGAAUGGAGAGGAAGUGGUCACUCUAACAGGUCAUUUGGCAGAAAUCAUUUCCUUGUCAUUUGACACUUCAGGGGACAGAAUAAUCACAGGGUCCUUUGACCACACAGUUGUUGUAUGGGAUGCUAGUACUGGAAGGAAGGUGCACACUUUAAUUGGCCACUGUGCUGAGAUCAGCAGCGCCUUGUUCAAUUGGGAUUGCUCUCUCAUAUUAACGGGCUCCAUGGACAAGACAUGCAUGUUGUGGGAUGCUACAACCGGGAAAUGCCUGGCAACUUUGACAGGCCAUGAUGAUGAGAUACUAGACAGCUGCUUUGAUUACACGGGGAAACUCAUUGCAACAGCUUCUGCUGAUGGAACAGCAAGAGUUUACGACGCAACCACAAGAAAAUGCAUAACUAAGCUGGAAGGCCAUGAAGGAGAAAUAUCAAAGAUCUCUUUCAAUCCCCAAGGAAACCGUCUCCUGACGGGCAGCUCUGAUAAGACAGCCAGAAUCUGGGAUGUUCAGAGUGGCCAGUGUCUCCAGGUCCUCGAGGGACACACUGAUGAAAUAUUUUCAUGUGCUUUCAACUAUAAAGGAAAUAUAGUCAUUACAGGCAGCAAGGACAAUUCCUGCAGGAUAUGGCGCUGAUGGAGAACCCUGCGGCAGGGCAGGCCUGUUGGCAACAGUGACCAGUAACUUGAACCUCCAGAGAACAAGUGAGCCUGUUUCCUCUGCUUCCCCUUUUCGUGCAGCUCACCUGUGGGGCACCCUGCCCCCCACCUCACAGACAUGAGCAUGAAAGCCAGUGAGCUUACAUCCUCUCUUGGUGCUGUCUGAGCUGUUGACAGGCGCAGGCGUAACACGCGGUCAAUGCCACUCAUUGUUUCUGUUGUGUUUUGUGUUUCAGUAGCACCAGCAUACUGAUAAGUGAAGUCAGAGUGCCUUUACAGCACUUCUUCUAGAUUCUAGAAUCUUCUAGACUCUGCUCAAAGGCUGAUGUUACAGUUUCUCGUCAAUAAAAUCUUUAGACAAAA